CUCCAACAAUUGUUCUGCUUCCCCUCCUCUUCUUCCCCCCCCAGUCCCUCAUUCUCUCCCUGAGGCUGUCGAUCUGGUUACGCCCGCCAUCAUGGACAAGUUUAAGCAUAAGAUCGAGAACUUGGAGGAGCAGUUCAAAGAAACCCACAUCGAGGAGAAGGCUUUCCACCUCAAGCACAAAGUCGGCAAGUUCUUCAACAUUGUCAACCCCAAUCAUCGCCAUGAUGAAGCGCACGAGAAGGCUACCGAUGCGAAACGAACCGCGAUUUCCGAAUCCCACCGCUUCAAGUCGUUUGCGCCCAUCCGUGAGGGUAACAAGGUCAAGUGGUACGUCGAUGCUCUGGACUACUUGUGGGCUGUCUCAAUGGCUCUAGAGGAGGCCAAAGAGACCAUCUACAUUGCCGACUGGUGGUUGUCUCCUGAAUUGUUCCUCCGGAGACCCCCGUUCAUGGCCCAGGAAUGGCGGUUGGAUCAGAUUCUCAAGCGUCGCGCCGAGGCGGGCGUCAAAAUCUACGUGAUUGUGUACAAGGAGGUCAACCAAGCAUUGACUUGCAACUCCGCUCAUACCAAGCACGCGCUUCGCAAUCUCUGUCCCGAAGGAAGCCCUGGUUACGGAAACAUCAAAGUCCUGCGCCAUCCGGAUCAUAACAUCUUCGAGAAUGCAGCUGACAUGACCUUGUACUGGGCGCAUCACGAGAAAUUCAUUGUCAUCGACUACGCAUUGGCGUUCAUUGGAGGUAUUGAUUUGUGUUUCGGAAGAUGGGACGCUCAUCAGCAUCCCCUGGCCGACGUCCACCCCUCGAACUUGCGGAACGAGGUCUUCCCCGGACAGGAAUUCAACAACAACCGCAUCAUGGAUUUCCAGAGCGUGGGCGACUGGCAGGCCAACGAGCUUAGCAAGGCUGAGUAUGGUCGAAUGCCUUGGCACGACGUCGCCAUGGGUGUGAUGGGUGACUGUGUGUAUGACAUCGCAGAGCACUUCGUCCUGCGGUGGAACUUCAUCAAGCGGGACAAGUACAAACGGGACGACAGUGUGGACUGGCUGAUGCUGGAGGGUCGUACUGGAGACGACGAAGAUCUGGUUGCUGUUCAGCGUCCGAAGUUCCCGUGCGGCGAGUACCUGCAGCACCCUCUUACGCCUCUCGACACGAAGCCGCUCGGCCAGCAAGGCUUUGCACGGGCGCAGAUCGUGCGCAGUAGCGCCGACUGGAGCAGUGGAAUUCUGACGGAACAUAGCAUCCAAAAUGCUUACAAGGAGAUCAUCAGUCAGGCUCAGCACUAUGUCUACAUUGAGAAUCAGUUCUUCAUCACUGCCACGGGAGACAAACAGGCGCCCAUCCUCAACACCAUUGGUCAGUCCAUCGUCGAGGCCGUUGUCAGAGCUGCCAAGGAGGGAAGAAAGUUCAGAGUGAUCAUCGUGAUUCCCGCCAUCCCUGGAUUUGCGGGAGACCUCCGCCAGAAUGAAGCGACAGGCACCCGCGCCAUCAUGGACUACCAGUACAAGUCGAUCUUGCGCGGUGAACACUCCAUCUUCGGCCAGAUUUCCGCCCAAGGCGUGAAUCCCAGAGAACACGUUUUCCUGUUCAACUUGCGCGCAUACGAUCGCAUCAACAAGACUCCUGCUCUGGUCAAGUUGGAGUCCGAGGCGGGCGUGACUUACAACGAUGUUCAGCGUGGCAUUGCCGAGUCUAUCAUGAGUGACAGUGUCCACCCGGCUAUCGGCAAAGAGGGCGACAAGCAUGAAGUGGGGUAUGACAACGCAAAACAGGAGAAGGAGGUUCGUCUCGCACGGCUGCGCAAGUACGAGGAGCAGCAUGAGCGUCACAAGGAGCUGGAGGGCCUCAAGGGUAGCGACUCCGUCGCCCACACUACCAUGCUCAAUGGCGGCAAGAUGUCCGAUGAGCCGUGGGAGGGCAAUCCUGAGGACGAGAAGGAGAAUUUCAUCCAGGAAGAGCUCUACGUGCAUGGCAAGGUGUGCAUUGUCGAUGACCGUGUUGUCAUUUGUGGAAGUGCCAACAUCAACGACAGAUCCCAACUUGGUUACCAUGAUAGCGAGCUUGCUAUUGUUGUUGAAGACCAAGACUUCAUCGGCAGCACCAUGGAUGGCAAACCGUACAAGGCCGCCCGUGUCGCUGCCACGCUCCGUCGCCAGCUCUGGCGGGAGCACCUUGGCCUGCUGCCCGCUCAGAACUAUGACGCUUCUGAAGACCCGAAUGCAAAGCCCCCCUACAUGUGCAUGAACCACAUCCUCGAGGGACCCGAAGACGACUUCGUCACUGAUCCUAUGAGCGACGAGCUCUGGGAGAUGUGGACCGGCCGCGCCACCGUUAACACCGACAUGUACCGCAUGCUAUUCCGCGCCGACCCCGACGACAACGUCCGCACAUUCGACGACUACGACCGAAUCUGUCCCCGCGGCAUUAAACAAGGCCACUUGUUUGAUCCCUUCCAGCCGGUCAAUGAAAUCCGCGAGAAGCUGGAUAAAAUCAAGGGCCAUCUGGUCUGGAUGCCACUGGAGUUCUUGAAGGAUGCCAACAUGGCCGAACCUGGAUUGGCGGUGAAUCAGAUCACAGAGAGUAUCUACACCUGAGAAGAAUUUUGCCCCCAGCACGGGUACCGAUUGUUAAUCAACAGGUUGUACUUGCUUUACAUACCUAGUGCCUAAUAGUACAUACCAAUAUCAUACCCGCCACCGACGCCACAGACUAAACCUCGAGGAGCAAAGAAAAGGAGAAAAACGAACCGUCUAGAAGAUUACCUACAUAGAGACUAGACUAACCUCCACCCCGAAAGGGCCCGUGCCCACACCACGGAUCAGCCAGACCCUCCUGCCAUUCCAUCCCGUCUCAUCCCCAUCCCCAUCCCAAGCCCAUGGUCCAUCCAUCCAUUCCAUAAUUCU